GUAUCUUCAUCUUGAACAAUGCUGUCUCUGGACCAGAUCCACACUGAACCACCCCAAACACCCAAGGAAUUGGAUUGGGUAGAACAGAGCUUUCUUCCCCCAAUGAGUCCGUUGCGCAGUGCCCGGCACCGAGAUACACUCCUGGAUAGCAAAAUUAGCCCUGAGGAUGCACAAGCUAAGGCCUGGACUGCCUAUUACUAUGACUUGUUGCAGUGCAGCUUACAGCAGCAAGGGCUCCCAGAAACCAUUGAUCUCACCAAGGAGCCCCGAUCAGGAUUUGGACCCUCAGAUAUAACCAUGUGUGUCUUGGGUUCCCCUGCUUCAUAUCUGUCAGUGCUUCUGGAAGGUGGCAGCCAGUGUCCUGGUAACAUGCUGCUGUGCUUGUCACCAGCCUGGCUCUCCAAGGUUCCAUCAGAAACUCAUCCCGGAGAGUCAUCUUUAUAUGUACUGAAGGCUGUGACGUUUGAGCUUGGUGGUCGCACAGUGCUGGAAGAAUUUUCUUCCCCACGUCGGGUCAGCUACUUCACAGGGAGCUUUGAGCCCUGCAAGUUGCAGGGCCAGUCAGCAGCAGAAUUGGCCCGAGAUCUUGAUUGCCCCACGGGAGGUUCGGGAGAGUUGACUCGCCUUCUAGAGGACAAGUUGCUGACCCGGCAGCUCAUGGAUCAGAAGGGGGAAGUAGCUGUGCCCCCCACCCUGGCCUUCACCUUCAAGCGCCCAAUGCUCCUGCGCAAUGUGACAGAAGAGCAACGCAUCCACAUGGUUGAAUUGAGUGGCCGGGAAGGACAAGACAACCUCCUGCAGGAGGAAAUUACAGCCUUCUUGCAAGGUGGUGCAAUGGAGUCCUACAAACAGGUGGUGGUGAAGCCCUCAGGCUGGCGCUGCAAUGGAGCCCAAGCUGUAUCGUUUCAUGACAAGUCAGAACAUGGAAGCGUCCUGCAGGUUGUCCUUACCUUGCUGGAGACUCUAGAGGAAGACGAGAGCAUUUUGCUGGAGCCUUUCAUUCCUACUGCUCAAAUCCUCCAAUCUGGGCGUCUAGUUACAAACAACUCCCCAGUUCCAGGCAACAUAUCUCUGCAGUCCAAUCUGGCAAUCCGAAUUUGUGCUGUUGUAUGCAGAUCCCGAAAAGAUCAGCCUCUGCUAAGCAAGGUAAUAUGUGGUGUAGGUCCAGCAAAUAAGCCACUGAAGCACCAGACCACAGUGCCUCAGACUCUGGAAAGAAGCCUACAGCACUGGGGCAUAAAAGAUGAGAUCCAAAUUGCUGCAAUCCAUGCCCAGAUUAAGCAAAAAGCAGAGGCUGCCAUGAAAGCCUUCAUGGAUAUGGAGACUAGUCUAUCAGUUGAGCAGAAAGGUGGUCACCAAGCACAAACUGACAUUAUUGGGGUGGAUUUUCUUCUGAGCUCAAAGGACCAGGUGUUGCAAUUGGUAGCCCUGGAGAUGAACUCACAGUUGUGCCUGGAGACUUGCUCAGCCCUUGAAUUCAUGGGCCGGAUGGUGGGGGUCCCAGGAGGCGAGACAGCAUGCGCCUUGGUGGAGACAAUGCUGCGUCGUGCACAGUGCCACCUGAUGGAGGGCAAGCAUGUGCUAGUGAUUGGGGCCGGCGGAUUCAGCAAAAAGUUCGUCUGGGAGGCUGCCAGGGACUACGGGCUAAAAAUCCACCUGGUGGAGACCGAUCCCAACCAUUUUGCCUCCCAACUGGUGCACACCUUCAUCCACUAUGACACCACAGACCAUACGAGGGAUGAAGAGCAUGCCCGGAAACUGCUGGGGCUUAUUCAGGAGAGGGGCCUGCAUCUGGAUGGCUGCCUGUCCUACUGGGAUGACUGCAUGGUCCUGACAGCGCUGAUAUGUGAAGGACUGGGUCUGCGUUGCAGCUCCUCAAAUGCCAUGCGAGUGGCCAAGCAGAAAAGCCGCACUCACCAGCACUUAUUGCGGCGGUGCAAGGAGGGGUCCCGCUGGUCCUCUGCAGCACUCUAUGCUGUGCCAUGCUGUCACCUGGAGAGCCAUGCUGAUGUGGAGCGUGCUGCCAGCCACAUUAAUUUCCCAGGUGUCAUGAAGCUUGAGUAUGGGGCCGGAGCAGUAGGGGUAAAGCUGGUGGAAGAUGCCCAGCAAUGUCAUCUGCACUUUGACAAGAUCACACAAGAUCUGAAGGACGACUCGGAUUAUUUCGGCAUUGGGUUGGGUUGGGGCAAUAACAUGCUAUUGAUGGAAUAUGUCUCAGGCACUGAGCAUGACGUGGAUCUGGUGAUAUAUGAGGGACGGAUGCUAGGGGCAUUUGUGUCUGAUAAUGGGCCCACCAGGGUGCCCAACUUUACAGAAACGGCAGCCUGCAUGCCCACCUGCCUGCCCCCUGAGAGUGAAGCACAACUUAUCCAUGCUGCUUAUCAGUGCUGUUUAGGUUGUGGUCUCACUGAUGGUGUCUUCAAUGUGGAGCUCAAGUUGACAGCUGCAGGCCCCAAACUUAUUGAAAUCAAUCCUCGCAUGGGUGGCUUCUACCUCCGUGACUGGAUUCGGGAGAUCUAUGGAGUAGACAUCAUGCUAGCUUCUGUCAUGGUUGCCUGUGGAGUGGCCCCAGUCCUGCCCACACCCUCCCAUCCCCGUACAAAGCUUGUGGGAGUGAUGUGCUUAGUGUCACAGCAUCUUCAGGCUCUCAAAUCCACAGCUAGCCUAGAGAUACUUCAGGCCCUACAUGAGCGUGGUGUCAUCCGCCUCAACUUGCUUGAAGAUGAGAUCGUGUCUAAAGAAUAUGAGGAGCCUUAUUGCAAUGUGGCUUGUGCCAGUUCUAGUCGCCAUGAGGCCUGUGUCAAGCUACUAGGCAUCUGCCAGGUGCUGGGCAUUGACUCCCUGCAUUACCCUGUUGCUUACUUCCUUUCUCACUUCAAAUAGCCUUGGAGAUUCAGCUCCCUCAGGUUGGAGCUGAACUUGCAUGUGUGUGAGAAAGAGAGUGAGUGUGUAUGAGAGAGAAACUUGUCUAUUCCUUCUAAAUUAUCCUCUCCUUAUUCCUAAGUUAUCACCACUGGAGUUUGCAUUACACAAACUUCCUACUUAUUAGUCUCUUUGGAGCCAUCUCUGGGAAGUGCUCACCCUUUGAAAGGGCUCACUUCUUUUAGGAAAGGAUUUUAAUAACUGAAAUCCUCCCCUUCUUUCUACCCUCUGUGUGAGGCAAUUUUCUUCUAUUUUAUUUGUACUUGAUUAAUCUUCCUGGUCCCAGCCCUUGGUUUCCAAAUUACUCAUGCUCCUGACCAUAGAUAAAGUGAAGUUCCAGGCUCUUCACUUUUCUCUUUCUUCCAUCGAAAAAGGGGAAGUUCUUUUCAGAUAGCCCCGGAGAGAACCUAUCGCAUACUUCCAGAAUCAAUGGAAGAGAAAGCUUGGGUCAAAUCUUUAGAGGCUGUACCAUCCAAUAUUUCACCAGCAACAUACUACAAUGAACGAGUAAGUGAUAUUUCUGAAAGCACAGGUUUUUUUUCCUGAAAGGAACUGUUGUAUGCAAACUCCAUCCAUAUACAGGUGAGCAUCUAAAAACCAAACCAACCUACUCAAAAAAAAAAAAGGAUCAUGUGCAAACAUACAGUAACAGAUGUUUAGCAAUAGUAUGUAAGAUUCAACAAGAUCUGCUGGCUCCACACUUGUAAACUUUGCAAUUAAUAGUUUAGUGCCUUCUGAUCCUUUUUAGAAGCUAACAAGGACAACUCUGUUCUAAUCAAAUGACCAUAAAAUAGUAAGAGGGCAACAGAACAUGCUGUGGUGAGUCUUCAUAUUCAUAACUGAUGCUGGGAAAACCUAUUCUAUAUAUUAUUUGUGCUUGUAAGGGGUAUAAACAUCCCCUUACCUCUGUAAUGUGCCAAGAAUUCCACAAAAGAAUAUUACUAUAACAAUAUUUCCAAGCACAUGACAAUAAUCUAUUAUAAUUGUAACAUUUUCCAGUGAACGAUUGCAUCCCUAACUUCCAAUAAUCAACCUUUCAAUGGAACUCUAAUGACCUUAAGUUCCUACAAUACCAAGCAGCCAUAAUGCUAGCAUUAUAGGGUUUCUGCAGUAACAAGCCAUAAUUUUGCUACCAAGCUGAAUUGUGAACUCAUUAUGCUUUAUGCAUAAUCCAAACAUCCCCAAAUAUGUAAUGUUCCUUUAGUACACUAAUAAUACACUUAAGCAUACUUCUAACCAGAGUAAAGAACAAUGUAAAAAUAGUGUAAAUCUGUGCAACUGAAAAGCAUUUCUGUCUUUUUUCAUGGUUUUUUUUUUACUACUUUCACAACAAAUGGAAAACUCAGUUGGCAACUGAGAAAAUAUUGAGAACCUAUAAAACUUAAAAUAGCUAACAGCUUGAUCCUAUUUGGAUCAAAGAAUUGGGAAUUGGGAGUUUUAAAGUAGUCAGAAUUGGCUAUCAGUGGGAGCAUUAGUUAAGCAUGUCCUCUUAACUGGUUGGUGACUCUACCUGCCUAUUUUUCCAUAACUUCUGUAAUCAAGCAGGUAUAAUAGUUUCUCCCCAAUAAAAUGCCAUGCAAAACUA